AAUACUGUUUAUGUUUAACUCUGUUCUAAUGUUUGCAUAUCUGCAUAUUUUAAAUUGUAUGCAACCGCUUAGAGUAAUGGAGCAAAGAAUAUGGAUAUUUCUGUUAGCUCUCUCCUUCUCAAAUUGCCCUCCUGAUUUAUGAUUUAUGAAAUAGUACCUUUUUCUUUCACUAGUUAUGCAACAGAAUAAUUGAACAUUUGCACCAUCAAAGAGCUUGAAACAACUCCCUACAAAUGAUAAUUUGCUUUCACACAUUUCCCUGCUUACAGUCUAAUUACAACAGUUUUAGUCUGGAAGUGGCUACUAUCAAAUGAGGAAGGGGCCAAGUGAAUGUAUGUUGUGUUCCUGUGAAUGUGCCAUCAAGUUUCAUGGCAACCCCAGGAAUUUCCUAAGGUUUUCUGAGGCAAAGAAUAUGAAAGGUGUUUUCCCCAUUCAUUUCUAUGUAAUAUAAGCUACAGCACCUGGGAUUCAUUGGCAAUCACCCAUUUAAAUACUAAAUAGGGGUGACCCUACUUAACUUCCAAAAUCAGAUGGGGUUUAGUUACACCAGUGCUUAAAGGAGUUGAUAGAUUGCCUUUGAGAUACAACAUUGUAAUAUCAUACCAAAAAAUUAAAACUAAUUCACAAUAUAAAUAAUUUUAUAAAGCAGAGGGAAAACAGGUAAAUGUCCAGCACAGUAUACAAUGAUCCCCCCCCAAAAAAUGGUAUUCUUAAGGGCCUGCCAGAAUAAAAAGGAAAGACAGCAAAGGGAGUCCUGGGCUAACUUCUUUGGGAAAACUUCUUAUGACUAUUAUUUUCCUGAAAUUCAGAUUUUAAAAAAUGAAUACCUAGUUUCUAAAUUAGACUAUUCACACUGUAACUCAACAGUAGACCCUAGAAUCAUUAAAAUAUUUACAUAAGAUCUAUUUAUCUUUUAAAAUAUAUAUUUAUUAUUAUUAGAGUUGAUAUUGUAACAUAUUACUGUAUAUACACUUCUUAACUUUGGAGGGUGGUCUCACUUUGCUGUGAAGUUUGGCCUGGAAUAAUGUUAUCUUUGGGUUUGGAUUGUUACUUCAGACUUUCUAUUCAUCAGUUUCACAGGACCCCCCCCCCUUUUUUUUUUCUUGGUGUCAUGAUUUUUAGGCCUGUCCCUGGGGUUAAUUGAGGGUGCUGAUUCCGAACAUUGCAAUAGACAGAGUGCAUCAGCUCUAGUUUCUUAGAUAUGGUUAUCAUGAUUUUCUAUGGGUGACCAGAUGGAGAUUGGUAGAAUCAUAAAAUUAUAGAAUUGAAGGAGACCACAGCCCAACUCCCUGCCAUGCCAAGCACCACCAAAGCCCCUGACAUGUGGCCAUCCAGCCUCUGUUUAAAAGCCUCCAAAGAAGGAGCUUCCAUCACACUCCAAGGCAGAGAGUUGCACUGUUGAACAGCUCUCAUGGUCUUCUUAAUGUUCAGGUGGAAUUUCCUUUUCUGUCAUUUGAACUCAUUGCUUCAAGUUCUAAUCUACAGAGCAGCAGAAAACAAGGUAUGUGUUCUGCAUCUCAAAAAUGAGAGCCAAUAGGAGAUAAUUGUGCCAUUGUUGGAAUCAGCAGGUUAAAUAUAUCCAGAAACAGGACCAACAUUUGAGGCACCAAAAUAUGUUUUGGCCAAUGUUAUCGAUAUUUGAUUGGAAGAGCAGUAUAUAACUACUGGUGUUAAUGAAACAAUGGGAUGACAUCUCUGAAGAAACAAAACCAGUUGCCAUUGUUUGUCCAUAAAUCAUAUUAGGAAUAGGGAGGGGGCAGCUUUCACUGUUAAAUAAUCAAAAUCCUUUCAGAAUUGAUUAGGAUUAAAAAAUAGUGUACUGUAUUAGUAAGACUUCUCAUCUUCCUUUUACAGGUAAUUUGCAAGGACUAAAGACAUGAGCAACCUCACUUCCAUGCCAACUCUUCUGCUGCUCCAAUUCUCAGACAUCCGAGUGCUGCAGAUUUUUCACUUCUUCAUUUUCCUAGCUCUUUAUCUAAUGGCAGUAAUAGGCAAUCUUCUCAUUAUCAUUGCAAUUGUCUUUGACCACCACUUACACACUCCUAUGUACUUCUUCUUAUUCAAUUUGGCCACGAUUGACCUUGGAACAAUUUCAGUGAUUGUGCCAAAGUUGAUGGCCAUGUCUCUCAAGGGUGAUAGGUCAAUUUCUCACUAUGGGUGUGCUGCUCAAGUUUUCUUUUAUUUAUUUUUUGCGUCACUGGAUCUAGUUGUGCUCACUGUAAUGGCACAUGAUCGCUAUAUUGCAAUCUGCAACCCACUCCACUAUGAGAGAAUCAUGCACAAGGAAGCCUGCCUUCAGAUGGUAGCUAUUGGGUGGGCUACUAGUCUUUUGUAUGCUACUUUACACACUGGUGGCACCUUUGCAAUCACUUUCUGUUCUAAUAUGAUCAGCCAGUUUUUCUGUGAAAUCCCCCAGUUACUAAAACUCUCCUGUUCUCGCAUUUAUCUAGUGGAAGUUGGGCUUCUCAUUGUAAGUUGUGGUAUGACAGUAGGAUGCUUUAUUUUUAUUACUGUGACAUAUGUUCAAGUCUUUACCACGGUGCUUCGAAUUCCUUCUGUUCACAGACAGAAAAAAGCGCUUUCAACUUGCCUUCCUCAUCUCACUGUUGUCUCCAUGUUGGUCUUCUGUGGCCUCUUUGCCUAUGCAAAGCCUCCCACUGGUACCUCGUCUAAACUUGAUUUAGCGUUCGCUGUGGUAUAUACUAUACUUCCUCCCAUGCUGAAUCCAUUUGUUUACAGCAUGAGAAACAAGGAGAUCAAGACUGCUCUGUGGAAACUGUUAGAUUUUGCGAUAUCAUCUAAAAGCAUAUUAAAAAUUGUUCUAUAAGAAAAACAUUUUUAUGAUUUUGUCAAUGAAUUAUCACUUAAGCUGAUGAUAAAGCCACUUUGGAAUAUAGCACACAGGCACUAUUUUUUAUCCAACUCUCUUUUCUCAGUAUGAGUUUUUAUUUGCAUCAUUUUCCUGCUGUAUGGGUUAGAUGUAAGCAAUAUCACUCACAUUAAUUGAGACAGGAAAUAUUUUGGGAUGUUUCCAGAUUCUUAAAAAAAACUUACAUUUCAUAGAUUAUGAUCAAUCAGAAUCGUGUAUAUAAUGGUGGAACAAUCUUGUUCUUUGCUAGCUCAGUCUAAAUCCAAAGCAGAGAGGCAGUGCUAUAUCAAAUGUCUGCAGAGCCAGCAUGGU